UCCACAUAAGUUCAGUCCUUCUCGGAACAAACAUAAUUGUUUCCGUCAUACCAAAAAAUUCUAUUUCAAAGAUGAGGCUGGUCCUUGCAUUCCACCAUUUUGUGGCACUUGCUUUUUUCAUCGUGUCGCUAAACUUCCACGUCACUCAAGCCCAAUCCAUUCGUCUCUACACCAUCUCCAAUAACGAGACAAACCAGUGUUUGACUCAUUCUGUUGUCCAAAAUCUCGAGCCCUCCGUUUCCUUAAAACCGUGCACAACCACGACAUCCAGCGGAACCUUAACGGCGUCCAACAAUCAGCGCUGGAUUUUUACCCGGGCCUCGAAUUCCUAUUCCAUUUUAAUCCAGGCUUUCAAUACAAAUCCGCCACUCUGUCUGGAGACAAAACCGGAUACGGAUCAAAUUUUGAUAACGGAUUGUGAAGAGAUUUGGCAACCGGGGCAUUUUUGGACGAGAAAAUGUGACUUUGACACGUCUCGCUGUUAUUUUAAGAGUGUGUCUGGUCAGUGUCUUCAAGAACGGAAGAGAUCCGUGGGGGACAGCCUGCUCAAAGUGGAAGAUUGCAAAAAGGAACAAAGUUAUUGGACCGUUUCGGCUUCGUAUGCGCUGUACGAGGCGGAAAUUAACGGGAAUAAUAUUUAAAAUGCAGGAAAGAGAAGGGGAUUUGAUUAGAAGUUGAAAUUUGAUUUGAAUAUGACUGGAUGUGAAAUUUGAUAAAUAAAUAAAUACAAUGUAAUAUCGGUA